AUGAAGACAGAGCUGUCGCCCUCCACGUCGCCUGCACACUCUUCCCGUCAACGGCCGGGGUCUGCUUGCGAGGAAUGUCGCAGACGCAAGGUGAGAUGCGACCGGCAACGACCGCAGUGUCAGGUCUGCUACGAGAGCGGCCUUGAAUGCAAGAUCAGCACAACCAGGCUCCCUCGAGGGCCACGCAAGGGUCAACUCCGGACCUUGCGAACUCGCAUCGCCGCCCUCGAGCGCUGUCUGGCCGACCAGCAUCCCGAGAUCAACCAGCAGAUGACCGCCCUGCUAGACGAUCCGGAACUUGACUGCGAGUCGGAAGAGGAUCAUCUGCGGGAGCUCAAUGGGUACAGAGAAGGCACGGCAGCAACAGAGGACCGCAGGACGGGCACCAAAUCACCUCGAUCGCCAGGUUCACCACGGUCGGGACUUGUUUCGGAGCUGACACGAGCUGACCUCGACCAACUGUAUUUCGAUCGCGUGCAUCCCUUUGCUCCGAUACUGCAGCGAUGGCGAUACCACAUCUGGUCGAAACAGCACAAGAAGAGUGAGGGCCAAAAGUGCCUGCAAUACGCCAUGUGGACAGUCGCAGCACCCCUCUCGGCACAGUUCCGCUCCCUUCGAGAAUCACUCUACCAGGAGACAAGACGCAUGCUAGACGCACUGGACUCGCAGACCCAGCGGGCGGAUCCAAACGGAAGCAUCGAACAGGCGCAGGCGUGGGUCCUGAUCUGCGUCUACGAGUACAUGCAGCUCUCGCCGCUGCAAGCUUGGAUGAGCGCCGGUCGCUGUUGCCGCCUUGUGCUAGGGAUGAGGCUGUACGAGCUCGACGAUCCUAAUAAUCCGGUAAUGGUUUCACGAGACCAGGAGACGAGCCUGAUUGACUGGACGGGUCUGGAGGAGCGCAGGCGCACAUUCUGGAUGGCGUACUCCAUGGACAGGUUCAUAAGCUUUCACAACGGGCUGCCGUUUACCUUGAACGAACAUUUAAUUGCGACACGACUUCCCGUUCCGGAGGAGGAAUUCCAGGCAGGCCACCCGGCGGUAACGCAGUACUUGUCGGAGGUGAUGGCAAGGCGAAAUACCGACAACGUUCUUCCGAUUUCCUCCUUUAGUGAGUGCAUCGUCCUUGCGACAAUUUGCGGCCGAGCUCUUGCACACCGACAGAAAGUAGCGGUCGAGCAAAUAAGCGUCAGUGGAGACAUGGCUGUUUUCGAGGGCUUCUGGUCCCGGCACCAGUGGCUGCACGACAUGCUCAACUACCGCAUUCAGCUGCUCUCAACGUCGCCGCAAGUUGACCCGAUGCUCAUGUUUGCGCGUAUAGUCGCACAGACACUGGUUUUGUUUCUGCAUAGCGUGCUCGAGUCAAUCACUUGGAAAACCGGCGACCACCUCCUCCGCAUCAUCGAGUAUGAGAGACUCUGUGUGAUGGCGGCACACGAAGUGGUGAAUCUGGUCAAGCUUCAGCGUCAACUUGGCUAUUUCAAGGUCCACCCCUUGACUCCGAUCCCGCUAAUGAUGUGCACCGAGUUCUUCGCCGGGCAUAACUACCUUGACGAGGGGUUUGACAGCAUGCUGCAGGACGUGUUGGCUUACCACCAAGAUUUAGACCGGGUCAAGAACGCUGCUCAGAGCCCGCGCGAUCCCAUAUAUGCUUAA